AAGCUAAGCUAAAGCUCAAAAACUAUAGCCUCGUCUAUGCUGAUUUGGGCAGAAUCAGGUUUUAGAAGAUCUUGCUCUUAUUAGAAGAACCCAAAAUGUGGAAUCUCAAUGACUGUCCUGAUCAGCCACGGGAUGAUGAAUCUGAGAGCUGCUCUUCACCGAAAACCUCCCUUGACGGCGAUGAAGAUAAGGGAAAACGGGUCGGAUCGGUAUCCAAUUCUAGUUCGUCAGCGGUUCUGAUAGAGGACGGAUCCGAGGAGGAAGACGGUGGAGAGAGAGGGAGGACGGUGAUGAAGAAGAGAAGCAGUAAGAUUUUUGGGUUCUCGGUGCCUCGUGAAGAUGAGAAUGACCCGCCUGUGACCCGACAGUUUUUCCCAGUUGAGGACCCAGAAAUGGGGGACAGUUCUGGUGGAGGUGGGGGUGGAGGUGGUGGUGGACCAGGGUUCCCCCGGGCUCACUGGGUGGGAGUUAAGUUCUGCCAAUCGGAACCUCUUACCGCCGGGAAGCCCGCCGUGGAAGUUUCUCAGCCGAUGAAGAAGAGCAGGAGAGGACCCAGGUCGAGAAGCUCCCAAUACAGAGGUGUUACCUUCUAUAGGAGAACUGGAAGAUGGGAGUCACAUAUUUGGGAUUGUGGAAAACAAGUUUAUUUAGGUGGAUUUGACACAGCACACGCCGCGGCUCGAGCUUAUGAUAGAGCAGCGAUCAAGUUCCGGGGAGUGGAAGCAGAUAUUAACUUCAAUAUAGAAGAUUAUGAGGAGGAUUUGAAACAGAUGAGCAACCUAACCAAAGAAGAGUUUGUGCAUGUACUUCGCCGACAAAGCACCGGAUUUCCGAGGGGGAGCUCCAAAUAUAGAGGUGUAACCUUGCACAAGUGCGGCAGAUGGGAGGCAAGAAUGGGACAAUUUCUGGGCAAGAAGUAUGUGUAUUUGGGCCUCUUUGAUACCGAGAUUGAAGCUGCAAGGGCUUAUGACAAAGCUGCAAUUAAGUGUAACGGCAAAGAAGCAGUUACUAACUUUGAUCCCAGCAUUUAUGAAAAUGAACUUAAUUCUGGCGAAACAUCGGGUAGCUCCGGAGAUCAUAAUCUGGACUUGAGGUUGGGGAAUUCGACUUCACGGCAAAACAGUCUAGAAUUUGGUAUCAAUCAUUGUCAAAAUAAUGCUAUAGAUCAGCGUGGUAUGCCAUUUGAAACUGAUUGGCGAAACCAAAACUUUAGGCCUACUAAGGAGGCAUGUAGAAUUGACAAUGAUCCUCGAAGAAGGGAUGGUUAUGGUGAGGCUGAAGCGAUGCAGCUUCUGAGCCAAACGCACAUUCAAUCCCCAGCCUCAGUGAAGUCGAACGAGAUGCAAAGAUAUGGACAAUUCAGGAGAUCCGGAGAGACCCAUAUGUUUAAUAUGCUUCCUCCACAUAUUAGCACACCAGCUAAUUAUCAGAUUCAAUUUCCCAGCAGCAGCAACGGGGGCCGAAUAGGGAGUGAUCUUUCACUUUCCACCAACAAUCAUCAUCAACAAUGGCAAUCCGGUCCUCACCAAUUGUUUGCGACUGCUGCAGCAUCAUCAGGAUUCCCAUCGCAAAUUAGACCAUCCCAAACCAACUGGCUGCAGAAAAAUGGGUUUCAUCCUCUUGUGAAACCCUCCUAAAAUCUCCUGACCCAUCAUCUAAAGUAGCCACACCACUCCCCCACCCUUAAAAUUUGCAAGACACAUUUCUCCUCCACCCCAACCAAACUCAAAAGAAGAAUUAGGACAACGUAUCCGAACUCUCAGGCGUGGUCGGCAUCAGUCAAACUAACAAACGAAUGAAAUCUUGAACUAGAUUUUCUGGAUUCUGACUAAAACUGCUCAUCUUUUUCAAUGUUCAUCGUAUAGCAUGUAUUGUUAUUACCGCAACCCUAUUUUCUAUCAUAUUUUUAGUUAUUAUCGCAUCUAUCUGUUGCACUUACAUAGCAUGUGUACUAAUUGGUUAUUAACUCAAGGUAGGGUUCUAAUUGAAAAAUUAAAAUCAUUAAGACAGU